UGAGGCACAGUACGUACGGAUGCAAGGAACAAGGUACCAUGAUCCUACUUGGCUUAGACAAGUGCAUCCGAUACCUUCUCCAUAUUGCAUAACUUUGCUAUUGUUUGCUAUGUGAGGGAGCUUCGCUCAUGAAUUGGCAGUUCCUAGCAUUCGCUGCUGGAUCAGAAAGACUUACCGUUGCCGAUAUGACUCUCGAUUUCCCAGACACGUCUUCAAGUAAAUCAACCUCCACUCAGACUGCCCAUCAGAUCUCUGGUUCUGAUCUUUCAGUUUCCGAUAUUGAAAGUUCGAUUUCGUUUCAAUGUACGGAAGUCGGAGCCGAAAAGAUCGAGUUUUCAAACUCUCCCCAAAAUGCCUCCAGCGAAACUAGUUUCCGUACAUCGUCCAUUUUGAAAUGGUGGCUUCCUGAAAUUGUGGCUUCGACUCUUUCUGUUGCAACAUUAUUUUCUUUAGCUUUAAUCCUCCGCCUAUAUGAGAAACGCAAUAUUACAGACUUAAGAUUACUUUCUUCCUUGACACUGAAUGGCUUGAUCGCUGUAAUAUCAACCUUGAACAGGGUCCUUCUCAUGGUCCCGGUUGGAUCAAUUCUCAGUCAAGAAGGCUGGCACUGGUUCGCUGAGAAAGACCAAAGAAAGCGUUGCAAAAGUAGUCUUGGAGAUCUCGAUGCUUUAGACCAGGCAGCUCGUGGUGCUUGGGGUAGUCUUAUCUUUCUGUUUUGUUCCAGAUUAAGGCAAGUCUCUGAAACUUCGGACACGAUAGAUGCUGAUAUUUGGGAAGUUGGGAUUCCGUGGCCGCUGCUGUCAUUAGUGUACUAUCCCUAGGGUUUGGGGUCUUUAUUCAGCAACUUGUGUCUCUCAAAGUCAUGGUAAUCGAAAGUCCAAACUCGUCCAAAGGUCCGGAAAACGUUCCACAUAUGAGCAUGACGAAUUUUGUGCGAAGCACCAAUCCCUCCGAAUUGACAGAGUGCAAUUGGAAGACAUUUCA